GCCUUGAGCGGCCCCGCCGCGUCCCCCAGCCGGCCUCGCAGCUGCGGGCGGGGAAGGCAGCCCGCCGACGCCCAGGCGCCCCCGGCGAACCCCAACACAGCAGCCCUCCCCUGGCCCCCCACGCGAUGGGAGGCAACUCCAGUGGGCCUCGGUUGUAGGAUGGUAGCACACAGCAGCGUAACGCCCGAGAAUGGAAUUGCAGCGGAGCUGAGAGGCCGGCUUCAGCCCCCCAUCCGGGCCGCUCUGCAGGUCCGGCCCCCCCACGGCACAGUGCAAGCCCCGCGGGACACCCACUUCCACACCUUCCGCUCACAGGAGGACUUUGGCAUCAUCGUCCGCACCAUCACCUUGCUGGAGGAGUGCGGCUUCUACUGGGGUCCGCUGUCGGUCAGCGCUGCUCACGAGAAACUGAAGGACGAGCUGGUGGGGACCUUCCUUCUCCGCGACAGCCGGCAAAAGAAUUGCUUCUUCAGCGUUAGCGUUAAGACGGCCACUGGGCCCACCAGCGUCCGGGUCCUCUUCCAGGCCGGUCACUUCAGCCUGGAGGGCAGCAAAGAGGCCUUUGACUGCCUCUUCAAACUGCUGGAACAUUACGUCAACUCGCCCCGGAAGGUCCUGGUGGCCCCACUACACAAGGAGCGCCUGCGGUCACUGCAGGAUCUCUGCCGCAAAAACAUUGUGGCGACUUUUGGGAGGGAGAAUUUGCCACGCAUCCCGCUCAACCCAGUCCUGAAGGCUUACCUGGAGUCCUUCCCCUUUAAAUUGUGAGGGGGGGGAGCAUUACACCCGUGGAUGCAUCGGAGACCAGGAGGAGGAGGAGGAGGGGUCCCGGCGCUGGGAGUGGCGCCUUGGGGGUGUGCAAUCCAGGGAGCCAGUUGUGCCCUGGGAGUUGUGGGAGAAACGGAGUCCCUGCAGUGGCAAAGCGCAGGUGGCACGGAGGCCCCCUGUGGCGCUGGGCAUUGUGGCGCUCUGGGAAGAUGUGAAGGAGACCCCUGGCUGGAUUGUUAUACAAGCCCAGGCACCGACAUGAGCGCAUCUCCAUUCUGUAGCAGUUCCACUGAAUUCGAACACUUGACUUCCAAUGUUUACACACUUGAACUGUUUGCACAAACUGAGGCCCUCAGAAGCCUCGCCAGUCAUUUUCUGCUAUGCAGAAACAUUUUUGUUACUUUAUAUCUAUUUUUUCUAAAAGUUAAUAAUAAACCUUAUUAUAAAGGUUCUUUUUCUAAGGAAAAAAA